GUCGUCAAGAAUCGUUAACGUCGUUGACGGAGAAAAAGCCCUAGCUUCCCCAUGUUAGAAGUUCUCCCUCCCUCCUCAUGUGCGACUAAAGCACCUUGCGCGCCUUCGUUUUCCAUCUCAUCUCAGACGGCGAGGGAGGUGUAGAGGCGGACGGCUAUGGGCUAUAAUUUCGUACUAUAGUGGUUGUUGUGGUUGAUUGUGUCGCAUUGGAGUCUGAUAGGAGCUUAAUGAAGAUUUGGGGAUCUGGUGGUGGUAUUCAGAUGAUAGGUGAGAGACGAGAUUUUUUAAGGUACUUUGCGAAAGGAAGAGGAAAAGAGAGCUUCAAGUAUAAAAAAGAUAAUUUCUCUUUUGAGAUAAGUUCAGUCUAUUUGAUCUCUUAUUUUCAAUUCUUGCAUAUUGAUGAUAAAUUUAUGUUCAUUAUUUUAAAUCGUUAGAUCGUGAAUCUGGAGUUUUGGUUAAUUUUAUAUGAUUUCUAUUAAGUUUUCAACUGAUUAUACAUUAUUUUUUUGGUCCAGUCAGGUCAUUAUACUGAUUGAAUAUGGUUUUGUUAGAUGGGUACUUGAAAAUCAAGUUCUUGGUCAAUCUACUCUUCAAGUGGCCAGAAUUUAGGUUCUGCUUUAACUUGAAUGGAAGAAAGGACUUAAAAAAUCCAUGAGAAAUUGAAGAGGAUCCAAGAGAGGAACUCAAAGGAGAGCACGAGCGGAGGAAAAAAAGGAAUCUGAGAGAAAUUAAAGAGAUUUUCUUUUCUGAAUUGAAAAUUUUUGAGACUCUAGAUUAAAAAAACUGGGUAUUUCUUUAGUAUUUUUUUGUGACUUCGGAAAUCAUUUUGUAUUUGGCUAGAUGUGCCUUUUGUGAUGAGGUGGAGGAAAAUGCUAUUCACCUGUAAACAUUGUAAAGUGGCUUUUAGAAUUUGGAAAGAAUGUUUCAUGGUAGGGGAUUGAGUUUGUCAUUGCAGGAUGCUGUUCUGAUGCAUUUCAUCAACAUGGGCACAUUUUCAAAAAUAUUGUUUGGCUUGCUGUUAUCUCGACUCAUUGGAUUUUCAAAAAUAACAAGUGGUUCAAAGAUAUUGAGUUUGCUGAGAAUAGAAUGUUUGAUAUCAUUUAGGUGUCAUAUUGGUUGAUAAACCCAGUGGAGGGGAAGAGCAUGUGAUGUUAUGUUGUUAAGGAGUGGGAAGUGACCGUAUUCUUAAUUGUGAAUGAAUUGUAAUGUUUUUGUUAAGGUUUUGAGUAUCCCUUGUCUUUGGACUCAAUAUAAUAAAUAAAGUUUAUUACCAUUCAAGAAAAAAAAAAUGUUAUUAACUUGUCUUGUAUCGUAGAGUGGUACAAGUGUACAACUGCAAGCAUUCUUUAUUAUUAAUAAAAUUUCAUCCUAUUU